UUUUUGGUUUUAUCAUUAAUGUUCUCCACGUUAUUUUUCGUAUCUUUUUCUUUCAUACACUGGCAUGUGGCGCUCUCUACGGGUGAGCAGGUGUAUAACAUAAUGCUUCUUGACCCGGAAGUAAAUUUCAUCCCGAUCUUGGCCGCACGUGUGAAGGGAUCCGCAAUGGGGAAGUCCAAACAAACAGGAAACCAUAAGAGUGACAAGAAGAAGAACAUCUCAAAGACAUGGAAGACAAAGCGCAGGACCAAAGACCUGGACCAGAUCCACUCAGACAUGAAGCCUGAGACUGCAUCCAAGCUGCUACAUCAGGAGGUGGACUACGAUGUGACAGGAUGUGCACAACACUACUGCUUACACUGCGCGAGAUAUUUUGUGGAUAUGAGAUCCUUGAAAGAGCACUUUAAAACUAAAGUGCACAAAAGACGGUUGAAACAGCUCAGAGAGGAGCCCUACACCCAGGCAGAGGCAGAGAGAGCAGCAGGUAUGGGCUCCUACAUCCCUCCAAAAACUGUUGAAGUGAAGACACAGCCUGUGGAAGAGGACAUGGACUGAGAGCUGCCCUCUUUAACAUGGACUGAUAAACUCAAUAACAGAAGCGUUAACAAAAUAGAUAAUGCUUCUGUUAUUCCUUGCUGUCACAAAUGUUGAGUGCAUUGUUAAAUGCUUUUUAUGUGACACACUUAAAGCAUGGCUGUUAAGACUUCUGGCUAUCACCAGGAUCAGGAAAACCUUACCUUAUAUUGGGUAAUGUAAUGCAACAUGUACCUAUGUAAAUAUUGAGUAUGUGUAGAACUGUGUUGAUUGCUAAUAAACUAUAACACAGGGUGGAUUUA